ACUGCAACACGGAAGUCAUGAAGCAGUGAGAUCAGACUCGAGACAGGAAAGCUUGGAAUAUUCAUUCAUUUAAUUAUUUAUUCUUUUAUUUAUAUAUUUAUUACAAGCUCCAGGAAUUGAGCACUGAUCUGGACACCGCGUUUAGGUGAUUGCUGCUGAACUGCGCGUUGGUGCGUCGCAGACCUCUACAUCCAGGGAUUUUCCAAAGAUGCUUUUCUUGCUGGAGUUUUAAAUCUUAGGAACGUGUGGAAAUGUCGUCGGAAGUUGAGACCGGGAAGGAGCUGAACAGCGGCCAGGUGAACCAAGCGCUCAUGGAGUUCCUGCUGUUCGUGGGGCGGUGCGCGCUGCUGCUCUACCCGGUGUUCGUGUGCGGCGCGCUCGGGCUGAGCGCCAGCUGGCUGCUGCUCGCGGUGCUCCUGUGGGAGCUGUGGGGCAAGAACCAAAGGCGCAAGGUCCAGCGCGUGGACACCGCCAUCGACUUUGUGGACAACGAAUGUCACGUGAUAAAGAAAGAGAUGAUUAACGCGCUCAACUCGCCCACCUGGAUUCAAUUUAGUGAAGUUGAAAAGGCUGGCUGGAUCAACAAGAUUCUACUUCAAGCCUGGCCAUUCUUUGGUGUCUUCAUGGAUAAGCUCCUGAAAGAGAGCAUCCAGAAUUCGAUUAGACAAUCCAGCACCCAUCUCAAGACCUUCACCUUCACCAAAGUCCAUUUUGGCCAGAGGGCUCCAACAAUUACUGGGGUACAAGUGUACACACAAGAAGCAGACAUGAGGGAAGUCAUCCUAGACUUCAAUAUUACUUACGUGGGGGAUAUUGACAUCGACGCAGAUGUAAAGCCACGCAUCUCAGCAGGAGUUAAAGAACUUCAGCUUCAGGGAGUGCUCAGAGUGAUUCUUAGCCCAUUGAUUGGUCAGUCCCCACUUGUGGGUGGGAUCACAAUGUUUUUCAUCCGUCGACCUGUGAGUAACAUUUUACUUAAUUUACAUAAAUCGUUCAUCAUUACUGCUUUGAAAUUAGUGACGGGUAUCAUUCAUUUAAAUUUCCAGACCCUGCACUUGAAUUGGACUGGCAUGACCAAUCUCCUGGAUAGUCCAGCUCUAAAACAAUUUUCCGAGUCAGCCAUCAUGGACACCAUUGCUUCUAUGAUGGUCCUGCCGAAUCGUCUAUGUUUCCCAUUAAUAGACCAAGUCAAGGUGGAUGAAAUGAGAUUUCCUCUUCCUCGAGGUGUGGUACGAGUCCAUGUGCUGGAGGGUAAAGAUUUGAAGGCCAUGGACACAGUAAUGAUGGGACUAGCAAAGGGGAAGUCUGAUCCUUAUGUAGUCCUUACAGUCGGCAACCAGCGCUUUAAAACCAAGACCAUUAAAGAGACCUUGAACCCCAAAUGGGAUGAGGUGUAUGAGUUUGUGAUUCAUGAGGCUCCAGGCCAAGAGCUUGAAGUGGAGCUCUAUGAUGAAGACACGGACAAGGAUGACUUCAUGGGCAGGUUUAAGCUGGAUUUUGGUGAAGUGAGGAAAGAAAGAAUAAUCGAUAAGUGGUUCAAAUUGGAGGAGAUUGAAAAAGGAUCGGUACACAUGAAAAUGCAAUGGCUCUCGCUGCAGACUGAUACGGAGCUACUGAAAGAGGCUACGGAUGGCUUGGCUUGUGCCAUGCUCGCCGUAUAUUUGGACAGUGCAUCUAACCUUCCUAAAGACCAUAAUGAAUUAAACCAGCUGGAGAAACACGGGAAACAACCCAAAGACGUGAGGCUCACGAGGAGGCAACAAAACCCGAACUCUUAUGUGAAGUUGUCCGUAGACCAACAAAGCCAGAAAAGCAAGGUUGUGUACGCGUCCAGAGAUCCUGUAUUUGAGCAAUACUUCACGUUCUUUGUGCACAAUGUGGAAAGCCAGGUGCUUAACAUUCAGGUUUUCCUGGCGGAAAAGAAAAACACACUGGGCAUGCUCACGCUGCCUUUCAGCCGUCUACUCAAAGCCUCAGAAAUGACUCUGGACCAGUCUUUCCAGCUGGAACGUUCCGGCUCCAACAGCCAGCUCAAGAUGAAAACCAUCCUCAGGAUCCUGAAACUGGAGAAGCCCAAGCCCAUAGUUACAAACCCUCCAGCUGCUAAAACUCAAACAGGAAAUAAGGGCAAAGAUCCUCAGCAAUCCCUCACUGAGCUUAACUCUUUGAAGCCUCUGGAGACAAACCAGGCCUCCUCACUGUCUCAGAUGCAGGCGCCUAGCAGCUUCUCCAGUGGGCCCCAGCCCGAGUAUAAUGCCCGGAGAGGUUCUCUCAUGGUCUCUGAUAACCGUCUCUCAGGUGUCAAUCAAAUGAGGCGCUAUGACUCCCACAGCCUCCUUUCAGAAAACUCUAUUGCUUCUUCACGCUUGGACCUGCUCGAAGGUGUCCCGUACCCAGACGCCAUCCUGAAUCACCAGGGCAGCUUUGGCCAGAUCCAGCUAACUAUUCGUUAUGCCACGCUGAGGAACAAGCUCACUGUGACGGUCAUUAACUGCAGGAGCCUGUUCUCCUGUAACACCAAUGGCUCGGACACCUACGUGCGCAUUUACCUGCUUCCAGACCAAAACUGGAAAAACCGAAUGCGUUCUAAGGUGAAGAGGAAAACCGUGGAUCCUGUCUUCGAUGAAAAGUUCGAUUUUUCGGUGCCACUUGAAGAAGCCAAGACUAGGAAGUUGGACGUUUCGGUGAAAAACAAUCGCAUGUUCCAUACCAGAGAGCGAAAAGAGAUCGGGAUGGUCUUGAUCGAUCUGGCUCAGUUGGAUCUUGUGAAAGGUUCCACAGAAUGGUACGAGCUCAGUAUCCCAGGUGUGAAGAAAGCUGCCUAGAGCAAUGAAGGUCAACCGUGUGUGUACUGUACAAGACCCUCUGAUGUAACGUUCAGAAGUUUCUUCAUUUCCACACCUCUGUUUCUUACCUCUCAGGUAGCAGCAAAUAUGAGAAUCUUUAUUAUGAAAAUUUGUAUUUUUAUUCUAACACUGAAGAACUUUUUUCCAAAAAAAAAAAAAGUGCACUGUAUUUUACAUUUUAUUUUUUUUUUAUCAAUUGUGAGUGGACUUUUUACCUAAUAAUGGAAAUCAGUCAUCCUUCCAUCCUUUGAUUUUUCCAUGCUCGGUUACAAUUUUUAAAUCAUACUGGAAGCACCGGUGCUGCUUUGUGUCGUUUAGAUUGCAUUCAUUUCUCUGUAAAUGUAUUUCGGUGUGAAAUUUUAUGUGCGAUAUUUCUGGUCUCAUGACAUCUUAUGUGUGUAUAUGUACACUCUCGAUAUCUGGUCUUUUUUAUUACAUGUUUUAAUGCUUUGUUCGUUGGUUACAUAAUGUUCAGUAGAUCUGAACUCACUCAUCGACAUUCCAGCUCUUAACAAACCAAAGGCAAGUAAUCAGUGACUCCUCAGUAACUGCUGUCUCAAGCGAAGCAAAAAGUUCCAGUUCAUAUUUUCUAAUCAUAUCGCAUGAAUCGACGUAACAAAUUAAUUAACGGCAAAGUGUUGAUAUUAUUCUGUUUCAUUUUCCUCAGUAUUUUUCUGUAUAUUUGUUUAAACUGUGACUGUGUUCUAGUAAACACUGGGAAAUGUAAAGAAAAAGAAAUAAAUUUACAAAUUAUGGUAAUUAUGGAAUAAACUAUGCAUUUUAUUAAAGUUAAACUGAAAAGUCAGAA